UACUACCAGUUAAUUUCUACCUUCCACCAGCUCUGGAGGGAAACCACUGAUUAAGGUGAUGCCUAGCAAUUAUACUAUGAUAAGUUAAUUGCAGAGGAACAGCCCAAUGGCUGCAGUUAGCUCUGGCCAGGCUGCACGGCUUUGUGGAGGGGAAGAAAGGUGAUGGUGCCUUGGAGCAGCACAGCUGAAAUACUGAAACACUGGCACUCUGCUGCAGCCUGACAUGGGAGCAGGCGCCUCCCUUUCCAUUUGCCAAUCACUCUCUUCUAUACAAGUUAGGCACACAACAAAUAAGGUUUCACCAGAGCUGCAGCUCAGCAGAGAAGGAAGCACAUUUGGUGUUCCUCUGGAAACCCUUGUAGAGGAUGCAGAGCAAUGUGGGGUUCCUUCUCUUGUGACACAGAUGGUGGAGUACCUGGAGGUAUUUGGUCUGGAGCGUGUCGGUAUAUUUCGGGUUGGUGGCUCAGCAAAUAAAAUCAAGGCAUUGAGGCAGAAGUACAAUCAAGGGGAAAAAGUAGACCUUAUUAACGAUGGAGAUGUUGAUUCUGUGGCCAGUCUCCUGAAGCUCUUUCUGAAAGAACUACCAGUGGCUGUUUUUCCAGACAAUAUUUGUUCUGGCUUGUUAAAAACUUUCCAAGAGCACAAAAUCAACACAACAGAAUGCAUAGAGAACCUGAGACAGUUGCUCAGCUGCCUGCCCAAAGCCCAUCAAAACCUUCUCCAGUUCCUGUCUGCCUUCCUGUUAAAGGUAGCAACCUACAGCGCAGUGAAUUUCAUGACUCUGGAAAACCUGGCCAUCGUGUUUGGACCUGCUCUGUUCAAGAUUCCUGUCAGUCCCUUGGCUUGUGAAGAACAAAGGCUUUACAAUGGCCUCCUGCUGUAUUUGCUCCAACACCAGGAGUUGCUUUUUGUUGACCUGGACCCUUGCUUCUCACAGAGACAAGCAGAUGGCCUUCAGGCAAGCAACACAGAAGAUGUGGAAGAGGACAGAUUUACAUUGCUAAGGUUUUUGCACAGAUGGUGUUGGGGCAGUGCCAGGAACCUGCAGGUGCAGGAGGCCUUCCCUUAGUCCUCAUUCCCUUCAAACAGCUCUCAAACUCACAACUUUUUGAACCUGAAACUACACUGCUUUUUCCUUCUCACCAGAUGAGGUAUAGAGGUUUUGCCAGCCAACUGGAAAGCCUGUAGCUUGAAAUGCUUUAGAACACUUUGUCUUACUGGGUAAGACACAGCAGCUGAAGGAGGAGAUGCACAAGUUACAGCAAGCCUCAGAGUGUUUCUGAUUUCCAGUGCUUUGCCCUGCAGAAGGAGGUGAAGCAGCUCUGUGGUGCUGCUGUAGAAGCUGCAGCUCCUGAGCAUCAUCCUGAGAGACACAAGGGCCAGGAAGGGCACUGCAAAGACAGUGAUUAAUG